UUUUGAACGUCAUCCGAGAGCGCGCGAACACCUUGUGGCUGAGAGUCAGCAGUAAAAGCCACACGGUCAGUUAAUGCUGUUAGGACAAUCUGCGGCUUCUCACCCUCACUGAUCCAGAAAGAUGUCUUCGCUCUUAAAAGUGGACAGUGAAAUUAAGUCAAAGGUCGAUGUCUUCAGAGAACGAAUCACAGGAGAGGCAGAAGAUCUGGUAGCAAAUUUUUUCCCUAAGAAAUUAUUAGAACUGGACCAGUUUCUGAAGGAUCCCCUCAUAAAUAUCCGUGAACUGAAAGAAAUCCAUUCAGAGAUCAAUCUGGCUGUGCCAGACCCAAUUCUACUUACAGACAUCCAUGAUGGGCUCGAAGGGCCAAAUGCCAAAAAGAGAAAACUUGAGGAUGGCCCAGAAGACGACAAAGUUGGUGGGACCAAGGUCUAUGUCAUGCCCGGUGGAAUGAUGAAAAGCAAUGGCAAACUUGUAGACCUUAUCGAGAGGGUUAAGCCUGAGAUCAGAACCCUCAUAGAGAAAUGCAACACUGUCAAGAUGUGGGUACAGUUGUUAAUUCCAAGAAUAGAAGAUGGCAAUAAUUUUGGAGUCUCUAUCCAGGAGGAGACCGUUGCUGAACUCAGAACAGUGGAGGGAGAGGCAGCAUCUUAUCUAGAUCAGAUAUCCAGAUAUUAUAUCACGAGAGCAAAGCUGGUUUCCAAAGUAGCAAAAUAUCCACAUGUGGAAGACUAUCGACGCACAGUUACAGAGAUUGAUGAGAAAGAGUACAUCAGUCUGAAGAUCAUAGUGUCGGAACUGAGAAAUCAAUAUGUAACUUUACAUGACAUGAUUCUGAAGAACAUUGAGAAGAUAAAGCGGCCGAGGAGCAGCAAUACAGACGCUCUCUACUAAGAUCGCCCAUCUUCUCAUCUAUAGCCCUUCUCUUUUCUCCAUGGGUCUCGCUGGAACCUUGGACUGGUUCUAAUGCAAUCAAGAAACCGUUAAAACCAGGCCAAGACACACAAGCUCCGCCAGGCCUGGUGCAACAUGCCGCUAAUGAUAGAACUGUAAAAUAUGGCCACAUUUUUAAACCCUUUAAAAAUCCGUAUUGGUUUCCAGUGUUAAUGAAUGAAGACGGAGUCUUAAGAAGGUUGUCUCAGUUAUUCUGUUUUUUCUUUUUUGUUUUUUUUUGUUUUGUUUUUUUUUAGUAUUUUUGGUUUCCUUGCUAUUUAAUUAAAGGACGAUCUUAACAAUGGGUUUUCUUUUAUCUUUCACAAAACCAAAUGCAGUGUAGUGCUGUGUUGGAGGGUCUUAAGGCAUUUUACGUGUUUUAGACUCUGGUGACUGAUUUGAAUGCAAGAGGUAGAUAUAGAAAGACUCAUUUGUUGACUCAGUUUCUCUAUUUGAGAAACUAUCACGGUCUUAUUGAUGCUGUAUUUUAAUCAGUUGACUCUGUCCAUCUAAUAUAAAUGUAGUCUAAGAUGAGAAGCUGUACUUGUGCAUUUUUACAUUCAUUGACUUAGGAGUUAUUUCACAGUAGUGAAAUAUACAAAUAUUUUUCUCUCGUCUUUUCAUCUCCAUUGAUAGAACCACCGAGUUCCCAAAGCUUCUUAUGGCUCUUAUUUGUCGAGUUUGUUUUAAGAGUGAUACAUUUUGCUGAAUAAAAAAUGUUUUUUUUUUUCAA